UGUGUUAACAUCCGGAAAGAAAGCGCAUUAUCAUGCUCUUCCUGCUGAUUGCUGCUGCCCUCAUCUGCAGUACAGCUGCAGCGAAUUCGCCAUGCGGUAGCCUCUACGUCUCGUAUGAUUUGUCACCAAAUUUUAACGAAACGAUCGCCCACAGCAUUCACUCCAUGACUGUACAGGGACUUCGUUUGUUUAACCCACGAGCGACCGAAGACAAUCGCGUACCGACCGUAAACCAUGAUAUCCAUGACGAGGUAACUUCUUGUAGUUAUGCUCUUUUAUUAUCAUUUUCGUAAAUUCUCUUGCAAUAAAGUUACACAGACACAACAUCCCCUGGGUGGGGGGGCCGGGGGGGGAGGGGCAUUUACUUAUUUGGCCUAAACGGUUAUGUGCUGCUGAAUAGGAUAUGUUUUUCACGACCUUGACGCAAAACAAAACGAACCAGGGUCAUAAAAUGAGAUCUCUUGUCUUAAACAAAGCAGCGAAAUAAGCAGUUUUUGCCUUCAACAGGCGCAGGGUUUGAAGGCCUCCGUAGCACACCUCUACCCAAACUUCCCUUGAGUGCCCCCCCCCCCCCACCGAUUAAAUCCGCAACAGAAAUGCUAGACGGGGGAGGAAGGCUAGAAAAUCGAGUUCAAACCUUAGACUGUUAUCGAUGUUCAUUUUAUUGCACUGAACAUCGCUCAACUCCUCUUCUUGCCUCAGCAGCCAUAAGGAUCUCGAGGAUCGAAACUGCCAUCGAAACAAAUUUCCAACUUAAAUUUCUCACCCCUACAUCGCAAUCCCUUUGAAGAAGACAUGUUUUGAUACUUUCUCUUGAGAAUAUUCCUUCUUCGUUCUGUUCAAAGGUGAAAGGUCAGAAAUGGUUGGGCAAUAAGUACGUGGUGAUAAAACCUGUCUCUAGUAAUACAAACAGAAUUUCUACUCUGAAAACCGAAAGAAAAAGAUCAUUUUAUGUCUGAAGAACGUAAGUGUUUUCGAUUUUUGGAGACGAGUAAAAGUAAAUUUUGGCGGAUUCAACUAAAACCUUUAAAACACGUUUGCGAAAACCGUGAAAACAGUUAAGUUUUCCACCUUUGUUCUAUCUAGCUUUUAAAUUCUGGUCUUAUCUGUUUCCUAGCUAAUUGUCAGAUAUUCAGAAAUUGAUAGUAGCCGCGUGUAGCCCGGGGGUGACGGCAAUAUUGUGUGGAUUUUACCAACUGAAGUACUGAAUUGUUCCGCUCUUGGUACGAGUUGGAACAAGAGUAUCUUAUUACUAGACUCCAAAAGGUCAUUGUUCAGUGUAACAAAAACACAACCUCGAGAGGUUGACAAAAAUCAUCUCUUAGCUAUGCAGCAACAAAAGAUAAGAGAAGGUUUUAAAUUUGUUUUCAGUUCCUCAGGCUUUUUUGCUGACUGAUGUGACCGAUGUCUGAACUUAAACUUCAUCACUGAAAGCUUUUAACGCCGUGGAUUUCGUUCUUCGGAUUCUAGGUACUGGAUUUUCCGGAAUCUUUGUCAGUGGAACUUUGAUUCCGGAUUCCGAUCGUAAGAGGGAUUCCGGAUUCCUUGAGCUGUAUUCCGAACUCCAGUACUCAGGAUUCCAGAUUUCACCAGCAAAAAUUUCUCGGAUUCCAGAAUCCAGUUUCACUUACAUGGGGCGACCUUUUCUAGUCUCUUGGAGUAGUUCCCUUUCUCCUCACUCCCAUUAAAUCAACGUCUUUGGAGUUUACUAUAUAUUCUUAUCUUUUCACGUUUUCCUUUUUCUAGAAACACCUUGUGCUACCCUAUGCCCCAGAGGACCCCUACGGAGAAGAUUUCAGCACGGAGACAAUGAACAUUAUGGACGCCAUUUUAAGCCGCAUCGGUUUGGAUGAUGAUGGUCUGGGUCCGAACUGGUCUUCCACUGAGCGAAUCGUUCACAAGUUUCACAUGAUUGACGUCUGGCAUAGGGUCAGAGAAGUUUACCAGGAAGUUGAACAAAACCCGCCUCAGGUAACAACUUAUAGUCUGAAAAAAGUGUGUUGACAAUACACUCGUCCUCAAACGGAGAGAAGUAAAAGCCCAUGUUCGAUAUAUUAAAAUCGGAAUUCUGUCGCGCCAUGAAACUGCACCAAGAACUUCAAACUGAUUUCGCGCGCUUAAGGCACUGAUUAUGCGCGUGCGCUCAGCUAACUUAUGGGUGCCCUCUGCAUUGACGUAAUAUAUAAUAGAUUUAGCCAGGGCUAAAAGCGAAGCUCUGGUUAAUAAUACGUGUAAACAAAAAAAAAUCGUGUAAUGCUAAACGGGGACGACAAUGAAAAUGGCUUCAAGACUAAUAGAUCUAAUUAGCAAAAAAACAAAUCGCACGUGCAGCACACUUUUUCUUCUAAUUAGCAAAAAACAAAUUUGCACGUGCAGCACGCUUCCCUUGCCGUUGUUUUGCACGACUACAACGCUAUUUUGUACGUCAAACUUCCUAGUUACACAUUAUUUUUAUGGAGGAAUUGUCGUAUGUGCUUACCCAAUAUUUUGUUUCCUGUGUUCAUGUUCGCUUUUAUUUUUCACUGCCGCUCAUUUUCACCUUGCCGGGCCGCUAGCAUUUCCCAUUUUCUCACCGCCGCUUUGAAUUUCCAUGUUUUUCUUCCUACGAAAUUCGUCUCCUUUGUUUUCAAUUACUCGCUCUAGCUCUUUCUCUGUUAUCCACGUUAGUGUAAACAUAAAAAAUACGUAGAAAGGGAUUUGCACACAGUAAUGUCAAUUUAGUAUGACAUCAUCCAUGAAAGCUGUGUUUUCAUUCGCAGGAUGAUCUAUGUGAAUGUUUAUUGGACACCACUUCUAAUGGUAUCUACCAGGCGGUACACUGGGUAGCUGAACACUAUAAAUCAGGAACUCCUAUUACACUUCUCAACCGAAACAUUCCCAAGCUAAAGAACGCAAAAUCCUGGAAAGUCUGGAAGAAACGUUUGCUGUACUACUACAGGCGUCCAUCGCUUUACGAUAGCAGCCUGUUCUUGUACUGUGCUACCAAAGACUUCUGA